AUGACCUACCUCAAUACCUCGUGCUCGUCAAUGGACACCAAAGCAACAAUACAAAGCCACAUUAACAGUUGGUCACUCCGGGAUCACCAUUUUUUGCGGCGUGUCCUCGACUCCAUCGCACACGCCUUCAUCACUACGUGGGUCUCCAGGUUUGGCGUGCCUCUCAACAUCAUCUCUGACCGUGGCAGUCAGUUUGAGUCCAGCGUGUGGAACAAAGUCAUGACUCUCCUCGGUAUCUGCCGCAUCAGGACCUCCAGUUGCCAUCCACAAGCCAACAGCACAGUAGAGCGCUUUCAUCGCCAGCUCAAAUCUUCCCAGGCAGCCUCAACUCAACGAGAAAAUUGGUCGCUCUCCAUUCUUCUCAUCGUUCUAGUUAUCAAGAUCGCCUUGAAGACGGAUCUCUACAACUCCAUCGCUGAGAUCGUUUAUGGCACCACGCUCAGACUACCAGGGGGAAAUCUUGCCACUAUACAUGACCCUAAGCCCUGCAACAUUCAGGAUUUCAGCACACGCCUCAAGAGUUCCAUGAAGAGCUUUCAGCCAGUGCAGCCCCGUGCGUCCCCAACGAAGACCUUGCAAACUGCAAGGGUGGACGUGAUAAAGAAGUCUCUGCAGCAGCAGUACCAAGGACCUUUCAAGGAGAACCAUCACCAUCGACAGACAUGGCUCUACUGA